AGCCUCUCGCUAUGCCGUAACUAUCUCCCUCCAAAUUUGCAUCCCUUUCACCUCGCUAAAUUUUUUUCACUCUUUUCUUAGUCACUUCUGUUACUCUCUCCAUAUUAAUCUGAUUCUUCAGAUUUUACAGAUUUUAUUACUGCAACUGAAGUUGACAAAAAAGUCAAACAAAUGGAGGGUUCCGAUGGCAAGAGUGUCUCAUCAAAAGUCUUCGUCAAUAUCGAUUGCUCUACAACAAGUGCAGAUGAGAAUGAUGAAAGUAUGAGUUUGCCAAACUCAAAGAAACCAAUAACAGGAAACCAGUCUAAGUCACCAACUAUAUCAACAGCUUCAAAAACCAUUGCUCCAAUACAGAACAUUUUGGCUGAAAAGAAUGAAAUUUGUGAAACACAUAUCCCAAAACCUUCAAGUUUCACCUUUUCUGACAAUUCUUUAUCGUUUAGUGAUGAUUCAUCCUUGAAAUCGUAUGACCCUUUAGCAAACUGUACCUCACCACCAAGGCCUAAGUUUCUUAGGUAUAAACCUAAUAGAAGAAGAGAGAUAAUCUUAAGGCAUGAAAAUAAGGUAAAAAAAAUGGAGGAGGAGGCUAAUAUAGUUAGUGCUUCUCAAGAAGGUUCUAUGAAGGAGGAAGUUGAAUUUGAAGGAGGGGAAGAGGAAGAGGAGGAGGAGGAGGAGGAGGGGGAGGAGAGUGAGGGAUUUUUGAGAAGAUUUUUGAAGUUUGUUCUUGUAGUGUUGGUUUUGGUGUUCUCUAUUUUGUGUGUUUCUUCAAUGAACUCUCCAACAUGUUCUCAUGCUUUUCAAGCUAUUGAGGUUCUUAAGGAUAAGUGGUAUCCUAAGAUUCAUGACGGUGUAUAUGACGCUAUAAGGAGUCUCAGGGGUGCAGAUAAUUUCUUGAGAACAAUGAAGUUUAAAGGCUUUGUAAAGAUAUUUAUGGUUGGUAGUGAGUAUGCGGGAGAAUAUAUGGGUUUCAUUAAGUUAAACCAGACAUUUUUCAUUGAGGGAUAUGAAGAAGUGAUGGUUGAUGAUGUUAACUUGAAGAAAGUUGAAGAAGUGACUGAUAAUUUGGGUGAACUGGUGGAAAUGCAGGGUGGAGAGACUAAAGAUCUUGAUGAAAUGGUAGAGCUCCAAGCUGGAGAAAGUGAAAACUCGGAGGGUUUUGAUCAGAUGAUUGAAGGUGUUAACUUGGUCAAAGUUGAAGAAGUAAGCGAUAAACAUGGUGAACUGGAGGAGCUACAGGUUGGAGGGAGUAAAGAUUUUGGAGAAAUUGUAGAGCUACAAGCUGGAGAAAGUGAAAACGUUGAGGGUUUUCAUCAGAUUCUUGAGACAGAAGGAAAUGUGGCGAAGAUUGAAUCUUUUGGAGAUAAUCAAGGAAGUGACGUUGCAUUGGAACAACUUCAAGAAGGUGUUGACAGUGAACAUGUGACUGACGUUGAAACUCUCAAUUCUGAGGCAGAGAGUAGUUUUAAGGAGGGGCUUUUGGAGCAAAUUGAAACUGAUAAUACUUUUAUGGCAGUGGUAGGUGUUGCUUUACAUUUAGGGGUUAUAGUAUCUUUGUUAAUGGUUUUUAACCUUAAGAAGAAGAGAAAUACCAUUGAAAAAUCUCCUCUGAUCAUAACGCCUUGCCAUAAUGAAUCUGGGGUAAUACAGAAAUGUAUCUCAGAAACUCCUAAAGAGAAAGAGGAAUUUCCUCAUGUCAAAUUUGUUGACUCGUUUUCGAGUUCUUUGAACUUGGUCAAUACCAUAGUGAAGGAUUCUAAAGAUAUUUACCAGAACCGAGGGCCAUCAAUUGAGUUGCUACCUGAAUUUGAGGUGGGGGAGGUUAGUUCCUCCCUUAGAAAGCGUGGCAUGAAAAAAAGUACAAUUGAAGAAAGUGCAGUGAGCAGGCAUUCUAUUCCCUCAGUUUCUAGUCGGGCUCAGUCAGAUUUCUCAGAGUUCUCUAACACGAAUUUCUUCUCCUGUGGAGACUUUACACCUGGGAAGAAAAUUUUAAAGGAGGAUGGUCGAGAUGGAGAGGCAAAGGAGGUUAUAAGUUCAGUGAGGAGAUCAAGCAGACUCCGAAACCGUGCAAUCACAUCUCCAUGAAUUCUUCCCAAUUUAAGCCAUAUGAAUGUUGUUUUAUAUUAAGCCUGUUUCCACUGAGAAUCAUUGGAGAAAAUGAUGAUUCUUAGCUGUAAAUUUAUUCUAUUCUCACUUUAUAGGAGCUGAUUAAUAUUUCCUAUCAUUAUAUGAUAAUUAAUUAAUCUUCACUUCCUUCUAAAACCCUAUUUACUAAUCUUUUUCUUUUGCUUUUUGCAGAAUUUUUCUUUUUAUAUAUCUGAAGUUACAAUGAUUACCAUAAGCUAAUGUUGAAGUUGAUAGGUUGAUGUUGUUGUAUAUUGAAUAUUUGUGUGUGAAGUGGAUUCCAUGAUCAAGUAGAUAAUGUUAUAAAGAGAGUAAUAAGACAAGGAGGAGAAGAACAUUGUUUUAA